AUGCCCGUCUUCGAAGAGACCUCUGACACGCGUCGGGAUCUGAGGAUCCUACCAUCACGAGCUCUACCACUACCACGCCUUUCACCUAAGACAUCCACGACUGGCGAUGAACGCGAAGUUGUUGUCAUCGGUUAA